AUGUUCCAAAUUGCAGGUGUACAGGUCGUAACGCCAGUAGCCGGCGCUCUGGCUGCCGCUCUGAGCAUUAUUGUCUAUCAUAUAGCGCAAGUGAUCUAUCUCUUGUUCUUCCACCCUCUCGCAAAAUAUCCGGGGCCCAAGAUCGCCGCAAUCUCAGAUCUCUGGUGGGUGUGGGAAUUGAGCAGCGGACGUCUCCCCUUCACCAUAGCUGACUUGCAUAAGAAAUAUGGUGAUGUGGUCCGCAUCCGACCUAAUGAACUGUCUUUUGCUACGGCAGAGGCGUUCCAAGAUAUUCAUGGUCAUGUCUCACAGGGCAAGCCGAGGUUUUUGAAGACGGAGUUUUACGACAAUGAUGACCCCACGCCGCGUAUCACGGGCGCAAGGGACCCUGAAGUCCACGCACGGCAGCGCAAGUCGCUCUCGCAUGCCUUCAGCGCAAAGUCUCUGCGUGAGCAGGAGGAGAUCGUGCAGAAGUACAUAGAUGGGUUCCUACGACAAUUGAACAAGCUCGGUAAGAAUGGGGAGAAGGCGCUCAAUAUGUCGGAAACCUUCAACUGGUUAACCUUCGAUGUGAUCGGCGAUCUGUCAUUUGGGGAGCCCUUCGGCGGAGUUGAGAAGGGCGAGACCCAUAUCUGGAUCAAGGUAAUCCUGGACUCAGUUCUGAAUGCUCAAACGACCUUCCUACGACAGAAAUCAUCCUUCUACAAUAUCAUUUUGCCCUUCCUCCUACCGGAAGGAGCGAACAAGAAGCUCAAGAUCCACCGGACGUUCAGCAGGGAAAAGUCGCGGAAGCGCAUCCAGCUUGGAGAUACCGGACGUGCGGACUUUUUCUCACACAUGCUGAAACGGGCUACGAUGAGCGAGGCGGAGAUGAUGAGCCAGACAGCAUCGCUAAUUAUCGCAGGGUCGGAGACGACGGCCACCUCGCUAUCUGGUACCACGUUCUUCCUCCUCAAGAACCCCGACUGCAUGGCGAAGCUUCAGAGCGAGGUCCGCGGCGCUUUCACCUCCGUAGAGGAGAUCACAGGCGACUCGACGGCCGGCCUCCCGUAUCUCCAUGGUGUUGUCGAAGAAAGUCUGCGAUUAUUUCCUCCUGUUCCAUUCUCCAUGCCGCGGUACUCCCCAGGAGGCAUGGUCGACGGACACUACAUUCCCAAGGGCGCGGUGGUCUCGGUGUCGGCAUUGAACAUGCCGCGCGAUGAGCGAUACUGGCACGAUGGUGAAUCCUUCCGUCCCGAACGAUGGAUAGGUAAGGGGUUCAACGACCACAAGAAGGCGAGUCAGCCCUUCUCCGCGGGCGCCCGUGCUUGUCUGGGGAUCAACCUCGCGUACCUCGAGAUGAGAAUCGUGCUGGCGAAGUUGGUCUGGCUUUACGACUGGGAACUUGCUGUGCCCCGAGAUGAAUGGGUACGCGAUUGUAAAAUGAGGAUCCUCUGGAAGAAGCCCGAUUUAUGGGUGAAGUAUCAACCCCGGGCUGGUGCAUGA